AAUUCAGAUCUCUGAAUUUCAGUAGCCUCCUUUGUAUCUCUGUCAUUCUCAUAGCAGAGAACAAAGGAAAAGCAAAGAAGAAAAAGCAACCAGGACGCUUCCUGAUUUCCUCCUUUUUCGGGUAUCACUUCGUUUUUUCGGUAAACCCAGUUCAACUAAGUCCAGCUUGUUCUUGGGUCUUGUUCAAACAAGUUUGUAUUCGUAGCAGACAAAGACCCAUAAAUCAAGGAGACCCACAUCACCAUCCAAAAUCAGGAGCAAGACAAAGCACGCGAGAAAGAAAAGAUGUAUGUGGAGACUCAGUACUUUGAUCCUCAUGAUCCUCAUCAGAUACCAGCAGCAGUAUCAGUUGAUAAUCCUUCUCAAACAGUUACAGACUGCUCAGGUCUAUCACCACUCAUGAACAGCUUCCAAGAUAACCUCAGGUUCUCCAGUUCCUCCUCCCCAGAGGACAUCCCAGACCAUCCCAAUCCCUCCGGCGAUACCAGCGCCUCUGCAAUCGCCGCCUCUAUGGGAAUUGAUCUCCAACAGCAGCUCGGCUUCGAGAUGGAACACGAACUUAACAACCAUUUGAUGCAAGACGUACUCCAUGAUCCCGCCCAAACCCAGUUCGAGCAGCACAACUGGAAUGUCGGGGAGCAAGAUAUGAGUUACCGGCAUGAACAACCACUGCCACAACAAUAUCAACAAUACCAUGACCAAGACCAGCAUGUGGGUCUACAACAUAAUCUCCACUGCUUGAAUUCUACUCCUUUUCAGAAUCCUCCGUAUGUGGCGACACCCGACCUUCUCAACCUCUUACAGUUACCACGUUGCACGGUAUCCUCGAUGCUUCCCGCUUCAUCCAUUUCCUUCACAAACACCAGCAAAAAGCGUCCCAAUUACCAAACUUCAUUAGACAUUUUUGGGGAGCUCCCCACCACCGACGGCACGGUGGCAGCGACGAGCUUGUAUGACCACCCACCACUCCAUCUGAACCUACCUCCACAGCCUCCGUUGUUUAGAGAGUUGUUUCACUUGCCCCAAAACUAUAAUUUGCCUGGCUCAAGGGGUGGUUCUUUCUUUGGUGGGUUGGACGAGAGAGAGGUUAGUUGUGGUGUUUAUCAAGACGGGGAUGACAGGCAGUUUGAGAAUUCGGUGUUGGACUUCAGGAGGGAGAUGAAUGGCUUGGGUAAAGGAGGAGAAGCGAGGGGAGCCCACCACUUCGCCACUGAGAGACAAAGGAGAGAACAAUUGAAUGAGAAAUUUAAGGCUUUGAGGCUUCUAGUUCCGAAUCCUACAAAGGCUGAUAGGGCCUCCAUAGUGGGAGAUGCAAUUGACUACAUCAAGGAACUGCUGAGAACAGUCGAUGAACUGAAGAUAUUAGUGGAAAAGAAGAGAUGUGGGAGAGGAGGGAGCAAGAAGCUCAAGACUGAUGAUGAAGCAGCAGGAGAUAUGGAGGGCUCAUCGAUGAAGAAACAUGGUACACUCACUGAUAGGGAGCAGUCCUUCAAUGGGUCACUGAGGAGUUCAUGGCUCCAGAGGAAAUCCAAAGAUACUGAAGUUGAUGUUCGCAUCAUUGACGACGAGGUGACCAUCAAACUCAUACAGAGAAAGAAAGUAAAUUGUUUGCUUGUUGUAUCAAAGAUCCUAGACGAGCUUCAGUUGGACCUCCUCCACGUUGCUGGUGGGAAUAUUGGAGAUUACUACAGCUUCUUGUUCAAUACGAAGAUAUAUGAAGGUUCAUCCGUGUAUGCCAGUGCAAUAGCCAAGAAGCUCAUUGAGGUGGUGGAUAGACAACAUGCAGCUUUUCCUCCUAGCAACUUCUAGUUCAGAGAGUAGAAUUGAUGAAUGGAUUUAGUUCUUUCCUUUGUUGAAUGAUUGCAAGAGGUGAGAAUUGGGGUAGGAGUGAAAGGGGAGAAAAAAGGUGAAAUAAUCUGGUAGUCAAAAAGCGGUGUUUUCUUUCUGCUUUCCCCCUUUUCUUGGUAUGCUUUUUCUAAUUUUAAUGCAAGAAACUUGAUCAUCUGAGACUCUGAGUUGCCCAAUGAAAGUAGUUCAUUUUCAAUUCUUCA